UCCUGGUUCUCGGAGAGAAGUGAUGCUCUGAACCUUCAAUUUGACUUGGUAAGGUUUCUCAAUUUCACCAAGUCUGGGCCAUUUCUGUUAUGGACGGUGUGCUAGCACGGCAGUGAAUCUCAUUCCUCACAACCUCCGUCCCCUCAACCUCUUUUUCUUCGCAGAUGCUCUUCUGCUCCUUGUCACCAUCUCCAACCCAGUGAGUUUUCCCUAGCACUGCUGUGUUAUCGCCUAUCAGGAUGGGCUCUCUACCUCCUCUUGAUGCCAUCAACUUGAACGGUACACCCGAUCGCGGCAAGAAAAUUGCCUACUUCUACGACUCGGACGUCGGGAAUUAUGCCUACGUCUCAGGACACCCCAUGAAGCCUCAUCGUAUUAGGAUGACGCACAGCUUGGUGAUGAAUUAUGGCCUUUACAAAAAAAUGGAAAUCUACCGUGCGAAACCCGCGUCCAAAUUCGAAAUGACCCAGUUCCAUACCGACGAAUAUAUCGAUUUCCUUUCCAAAGUUACACCGGACAAUAUGGACCAGUUUGCGAAGGAGCAGGGAAAGUAUAAUGUCGGUGAUGACUGUCCCGUUUUCGACGGUCUUUUUGAGUUCUGUGGCAUUAGCGCUGGAGGCAGCAUGGAGGGUGCUGCGCGACUAAACCGUAACAAAUGCGAUAUCGCUAUCAACUGGGCUGGAGGCCUCCACCAUGCCAAGAAAAGCGAAGCAAGUGGUUUCUGCUACGUGAACGACAUCGUUCUUGGUAUCCUGGAAUUGUUACGUUUCAGGCAACGAGUGUUGUACGUUGAUAUUGAUGUCCACCAUGGUGAUGGUGUCGAAGAGGCCUUCUACACGACCGAUCGUGUUAUGACCGUCUCCUUCCAUAAAUACGGAGAAUACUUUCCCGGAACUGGUGAGCUUCGUGACAUCGGUGUUGGACAGGGCAAGUAUUAUGCGGUGAACUUCCCGCUUCGAGAUGGCAUCGAUGAUAUCUCGUACAAGAGCAUAUUUGAGCCAACCAUCCGUAAUGUCAUGGAAUGGUACCGUCCCGAGGCCGUCGUUAUCCAGUGCGGUGGUGAUAGUCUCUCGGGUGAUCGCCUCGGAUGCUUUAAUCUCAGCAUGAGGGGUCAUGCUAACUGCGUCAACUUCGUAAAGAGUUUCAACCUGCCAACGCUCGUGGUGGGUGGUGGCGGCUACACAAUGCGCAAUGUCGCAAGGACGUGGUCUUUCGAGACAGGGAUACUUGUUGGACAGCCUUUAGGGUCUGAACUCCCGUACAAUGAUUAUUACGAGUAUUUCGCACCGGAUUACGAAUUGGACGUGCGCCCGUCCAACAUGGACAACGCAAAUACGAAGGAGUAUCUAGACAAGAUUCGCAGACAAGUUGCAGAGAAUCUCAAGCGGACUGCCUUUGCGCCGUCUGUCCAAAUGACGGAUGUGCCUCGCGAUCCUCUCGUGGGCGCUAUGGACGAUGAGGCCGAUGCGAUUCUGGACGACUUGGAUGAGGACGAGAAUAAGGAUAAGCGUGUGACUAAGCGGCGUUUUGAUCAGUAUGUCGAGAAGCCAGGUGAAUUAAGCGAUAGUGAGGAUGAGGAAGAGAACGCCGCCAACGGAAUACGCCGCCAACCAGGAGCUUUCAGACGCCAAAAUCAGGUCAAUUAUAGAAACCUUGAUGUCACUGAUUCUGGAGUGGAUAGCGGGCUUGCAACACCUAGAGAAGCCUCGUCGGUCGCUGGUGAUGACAUGGACACAACCAUGGCCGAUGCUAAAAUGGAGGAUGCUCCAGAUUCUACUGCUGUCGAAAGUCAUAUCUCUUCUAAGCCUACUUCUGAACCAGCAGCUGAAUCGACGCCCAUUGUUGAGGAAAAGCCAGCUCCCGAAUCCACUGAAGCAGUUGCUGAUCAACAUGAGAAGAUCGUUUCUACUUCCGUCUCACAUCAUCCCUCUCCUUUCGUACAGGAUCAGGACAUUACGAUGGAAGAUGCAGAGGCUUCUGUGCCACAACCAGAGUCAGGAUCCGCUCCCCAGCCAGCCAAGCCUGAACCUGCGCUGGAAAAGCCGCAGCCAGAGAGCUCGGAGGUACCGGAGAAGAAGCUCGAGAAUGCAGUCCCUGAGACUCAAAUGGUAACAGGGCCUACGGCCGUGACUACUGAAGCACCAUCCGCCAUUGAGGAAGUGCCAAAACCGACCGACAUAGAUGAGAAAGCCCCUGAGCCGUCAAAGGAAGAACCGUCUCCGGCCAAUGCUGAAGGGCAGCCUGCGAAGGAAUCUGCGUCAGAGCAGCAUGAGGAACCUAUACAACAAAAUGAGGAAUGAAAUUUCCGUCGUUACUUCCGGAGAGAUAUCUGAUUCCUCUCCUUAGUUCCUGGCGUAAUGGGAAACGGGCUGGUAUGGUGUUUCUGGUCCUAUAAGCGAGCUUCUCUUUAAUUGUUCUUCCAGAUGGAGACCACGGGACAGUUCUCCAACAACGUUUGUCUGCUCUUUGUUUGUUUGUUUUCUUUUUCUUUGAUUGGAAGGUUUCAUAGGAGAUAUCCAGUCCUUGCGGUGGUUUCUUUUUAUCGAGCUGUAUCUUGUCUCACUAGUAGCACUGCCAAAUCCUAGCAUAGCAUGCUUUGUAUUAUCAUGGAUGGAAUCAAUAAGGAGUCGGCUCUCCUUGCAUCCCAAAGCGGAUUAGCGUUAGGGUAGAAUCGCCCGACCAAGGCGGGACUGGCGGACCAAUGACAAGCAACCGCCAAGAUUUU